UGAUGAGUGGGGUUGUGUGUGAGAAUCGGAGCGUGGAUGCACAUACAUUCGAUGAUAAUGAGUAUAGAUUCAACAUGAGCAGGUGUCGCUGUCGACAGGGGUUUCGGGGGAAUCCAUAUUUGUCAUGUGUUGACAUCGACGAAUGCAGUAGCUCCAGCUUGAACAAUAUCUGUGGAAUUGGAAGUGAUUGUUUCAACACACAAGGGAGUUUCUACUGCAAGAAUCGAAGCAGAGACAGCCGCAUCAAGUCUGUAAUCAUUGGCAUCAGCAGCGCCGGAGGAGUCUUAAUGUUGUUAUGUGGAUUCUGGUUAUUGUUCAAACUGAUCAGGAUCAAGAUCAGAACUAACCGGAGAAGGAGAUACUUCAAGAACAACGGAGGGUUGUUGCUGGAGCAGCGCCUCUCUUUAUCCGGCGCCACGGAGAGAAUCAAAUUCUUCGACCCCACAGAGCUGGCGCGCGCGACCGACGGGUACGACGAAGAUCGAAUACUAGGUCGUGGUGGGCAGGGCACGGUCUACAAAGGGAUGCUUCGCGACGGGAGGAUUGUGGCGGUGAAGAAGGCGAAGAGGGUUGGAGAUGUUGAAGAAUUCGUGAAUGAGGUGGUGAUAAUGUCGCAGAUCAAUCACAGGAAUGUGGUGGCCUUGGUAGGGUGUUGUCUCGAGACAGAGGCUCCGGUCCUCGUCUACGAGUUUGUCCCGAACGGGACCCUGUCCCAGCAUAUCCAUGUCCGGAACAGGGAUUUUCCGUUGUCGUGGAGGAUGCGCGUCAGGAUCGCGGCUGAGGUAGCUGGAGCGCUUUCGUACUUGCAUCAUUCCGCGGCAUCACCUAUCUAUCACAGAGACGUCAAGUCGACAAACAUACUGUUGGAUGGUAAGUACCAAGCCAAGGUUUCGGAUUUUGGGAUAUCGAGGUCAGUGGGAGUGGACCAAACUCAUCUCACCACGAGGGUGUUUGGGACUUUUGGGUACUUGGACCCGCAGUACUUCUGGUCGAGUCAAUUCACAGAAAAGAGCGAUGUUUAUAGCUUUGGGGUGGUGGUUGUUGAGAUUCUAACUGGGGAGAAAGCUGUUUCGGCUGCUGGAGUGGAAUCAGGGAGGAAUCUAGCUGCGGAUUUCUUGGAUUCGAUGGAGGGGGAUCGUUUGGUCGAUAUUCUUGAUCCGGAGGUUUUGGAAGGAAGGGCGGACGAGGUUGUAAUUAUGGCGGAUCUUGCUCGGAGAUGUCUGAAUCCAAUUGGUAAGAAAAGGCCAACGAUGAAGGAAGUAGCAACGGAAUUGGAAGGAAUUAGAGUAAGGGAAGAGGCCUCAGUUUUGGCAUCUUAUCAUGAGGAAUCUGAUUUCCAAUCCAUUGAUUUUGGAGAGGAAUGUGUUUUAUCAGACAGCAGCAGUAGUUUGAUUGGCAUUAAUCCAAAGUCAUCCUAAUCCUAAUGCAAUGUCGGAUCCAGGAAAUAGAAGUCACAACAAAAAAGGUUGUCAACAGCCUCCAAACACAAAUUCGGUGCAGUGGUUAUUGCUUAAAAAGGAUGGUGGAUGAAGAAACAGAGUGAAGCGGGCGGAGCUACCUGAUCAUCGGCAACUCCAAUGAUCGAAUUUAAAUGUGGUGGUUUAUCCACAGACUCCGCUCGAAUAAAGGCCUAUUGUGAAGGAAGUAUUCCAUUCUAAUAAGAUUUAUGAUUACUCAUAUAAGUUUUGGAUAAUACCAUUGCAGUCUUUGUCUUUUUUUUUUCGUUGCACAAAAAUGUACUCCGAGUGUAUGUACAUUGUAUUUUUGUAUCAUCCACGUACAUUGAUUGUAUUGACUAUAGAUAAAAGAAAGCAACAAUCCAUAUAUUGUAAAGGCAAAAUAUAAAA